GGCGUUUGGGCGGUCCAAGCCCAGACAGGCAGUUCAGUAGAAGAGUUUAGUUGGUAAUGUGGCACGGGAGAGUCAGGGAGGGGCAAACCGGUGUUUGUUUUUAUCACAAUAUCCAUUAUUAAAUUCUUGCUUGGACUGCCAAAGGAAAGCAGGAGGGCGACCUCGCCGCGCGACUGGACUGGACUGGACUUUACUGCACGCGCCUGUUUGGAUUAGCGCCUUUUGUUUGUUCGGGGGGAGGACAGCACCGACAAGCACACGGGAGUACAGAGGCUAUGGGGCGAUGAAGGCGCUGGAGGAAUGACUGUCCCUCAAAGGAGCCCUUAGAUAUUUAUUAUUUAUUUAUUUUCUCACCGGCCUGGGCCCUAACUGUUGUGGAGUUUGUGGAUUUGGGGCUACUAUUUCCGUGGGAACGAUCGGCGGUAUACCUCCGCUCAGGGACCAGCAGGAUGGAGCAGGCGGCCGUCCUGAGGAAGUUCAUCCAAGGCGUUGAGAGCAUGCGAACCGGGGACCAACUGGGAGAGGAUAACUUCGGCACUGACUUCAUGAGGUUACGCAGACUGUCGACCAAAUAUCGGACGGAGAAGAUCUAUCCGACCAAUGUGGGGGAGAAGGAGGAGAACGUCAAGAAGAACAGAUACAAAGAUAUACUGCCAUUUGACCACAGUCGAGUCAAAGUGUCGUUAAAAACGUCUAAUCAAGACUCCGACUACAUCAAUGCAAACUUCAUCAAGGGUAUGGAGGGACCAGAGACGUACAUUGCCACUCAGGGCCCGCUGCCCAACACAAUCAUAGACUUCUGGAGGAUGAACUGGGAGUACAACGUCACUGUCAUUAUAAUGGCAUGCAGGGAGUUUGAGAUGGGCAGGAAAAAGUGUGAACGUUAUUUUCCGAUGUUCGGUGAUGAGCCAAUGACCUUUGGCCCGUUUAAGAUCUCCUGUGAAUCUGAACAAGCAAGACCAGACUACUAUAUCCGCUGCUUAACAGUAGAGUAUGAGAAUGAGAGUCGGCGUAUUGCCCAGUUCCACUACAUCAACUGGCCGGACCACGACGUGCCGUCUUCAUUCGACUCCAUCCUGGACAUGAUCGGACUCAUGAGGGAGGAGCACCAGCAACACACACACACGCAAACACCCAUAUGCGUACACUGCAGUGCGGGAUGUGGUCGGACGGGAGCCAUAUGUGCCAUUGACUACACCUGGAACCUUCUAAAGGCUGGGAAGAUUCCAGAAGACUUCAACGUGUUCCGGCUCAUCCAGGAAAUGCGCACACAGAGGCACUCAGCAGUCCAGACCAAGGAACAGUACGAGCUGGUGCACAGGGCCAUCGCUCAGCUGUUCCAGAAGCAGCUGCGCAUUCUGGAGAGUCCCAGCACUGACAUCACCGAUGACAUCACAGACGGCCUGGAUGGCAUCAGUCCAGAGAAGCCAGCACAGAACUCAGAUGAGGAGAGAUGGGACACGCCACCACCUAAACCCCCACGCAUACGCAGUGCUCAGGGAGAGAGUGAUGUGCGAGAGGAGAUCCUGCAGCCCCCUGAGCCGCGGCCCGUGCCCCCCAUCCUGACCCCCUCCCCUCCUUCCGCCUUCCCCACCGUCACCAGCGUGGCCCCCGCCACCGCCAGCGACCGCUACCACCCCAAACCCGUGCUGCACGUCCUGGCCACAGCUAACAAAGCUGCCGCGCAGGGCUCGGCUGCCUCCCCCUCCCAGACCUCUGCCUCUGCCGGCUCCUCGCCGGAUGCGGACCAGAACCGGGCUGACGGCCCUACCAUGUCUCCCCCGAAUGCCACCAGCCCGACCGCCCAGGCCCCCAGCUCCCAGCCCCCCACCUCCACCACCACCUCCGCCACUAGCCCCGUGCCCGGUUCCUCGCCCGAGUGUCGCGUGGAGCGCAAGCUGAGCAUCGAGAUCAAGAAGGUCCCACUACAGGAGGGUCCCGUCAGCUUCCAGCAGCCCGCAGCAGGAGUCACCACGACGACGGGUGCGAACGCCGGGAGUGGCAGUGCGAGCGGAGGGCUCCAAAGAGGCCACGCCUUCAAAUCCAAAGGCCCCGCCCCUAGCAACAACAGCAGCAACAGCGGAAGCCCCGCCCCUAGCAACAACAGCUCUGCCCUGACCAGCAGCAGCUCCCUGUCGGAGGACUCAGGGGUAGAGACGGGCGGGGAGGGGGGCGGCGGCGGCAAUGCCCCCCCACGACCAAACCAUCUCCCAUUGGCUGAGAAGGAAACCACUGGGACACUAUUGGCUGAGAAGGAGAAGGGGGCAGGAACGGGAACAGGAACUGGGGCGGGAACGGGAACGGGUGAGAGGGUGCUGGGAGGAGGCAGCCACGCCACCUGGGGGCAGUGUAGCUCCAGCUGCACCCCGACGCCGGAACACAGGACUGCACUCAGCUUCACCAACCCGCUGCACUCCGACAACUCGGACCUGGAGGCGGACCUGAACCUGGACCUCGCCCCCUCGCUCUCGCUCUCCCAUUCGCCCUCGCCGGUAGGCUCUUCGUCUGCCGCCACCGCUGCCGUUUCCUUGGCGACCGUGGGGACCAGCCCAACGGCCGAGCUGCAGCAGCAGCAGCACCGGACGCCCUCCCCGCGACGCGUCAACACGCUGUCCCUCGCCAGCCAGCCCGUGGUCACGCACGCAAACAGUGAUGCGAGCGAGGACACGCCCCCUCCGCUACCAGAGCGAACCCCCGACUCCUUCCUGCUCCCCUCAGAUCCCUGUGAGCCUGCUGUUGCCUCCUGGAGUUGUGGACCUACUGACCAACACAGCACAGAGGGUGUGACGAGCAUGCAGACAAAAGCUGCGUCCGAGGCGUCGCCAGGCGCCAACCAAUCAUCCCCGGGGGCGGGCCAAAGCAAGGACUCCAGCAGCCCAGCGAUGGGGUUUGGAAGCCGCGGCAUGCAGCCCAAAGGCCCCCGGAACCCCCCCUUCCCCUGGUCAUGAUACACACACACACACACACACGCACACACCCUCCCAUAUUCUCUCUAAUACAGAUGGUAUACACUGGCGCACGUGUAUACUACAACAUGUGUGCACUGACUGUACACACACACACUCAUACUCACACACACACACUGAAAGAACCACACAAAAAAGACCAAAUAUCCUGCAA